AUGUACCUCCCCGACCCCAUUGACCUGAUCAAUCCCUCGCGCGACUGCUGGUGGCGCCCCAUUCCCGGCAUUGACGCUGCCGCCUGGGUGGACUGGGUUGCCUCCGCCGGCGUCGAGUGCAGCGGGCCGAUGCCUCGCGCUGGCCUUCCCGGCUCUGUCGGAGACGGCUCGGCGGCCGGCAGCAGCGACGACGGGCCCGGAGAUGGACGCACGGGCUCGCUCUGGAUGUACGUCUCCCUCGCCGCUGUCGCGCUCGCAGUGCUCAGCUGCGUUGCCCGGCGGCUCAUGGUGGGAAAGGGUGCGCCGGCGGUGAGCCGCGACUUUGUGGUGUUGGAGGAGGCGGGCAGCCGGGCCGGUGGUCUUCCGACGACGCCGGCGCCCUCGCUCUACACCCGCCUGAUGACGCGACUGCCGUCGAGCAUCCGCACCGCCGAGCAGCGGAACAGCGAAGGUGACAUCGAGGCGCCCGCCGUCCCUUCCAAGGCCGCGGCGCCCGCGCUUCAGUCCAACAGCCCGGCCGGCAUCCUGAGCAUCGAGGAUCGCAUCAACGCCCUCGAGACCACGACGGGCGUCGACCUGGAUGGCGACGGCGAUGUCGGCUUGCCGGGCCACAACAACCUGCCGCACACGCCCCGGGACCGUGAAUCGACGAGGCGCUCAUCGCGCCACUCGCGCCCGCGCUCCGAGCGCCGCUCGUCCAGAUCGUGGAUCAAGAAGGGCUCCUCAAAGCCGAGCAUCGAGCGCGUUUGA